GUACAGUUGAGCUUGUCUGUAGAUUGGUUUAAGUUUGCAGGAGUCGAGUAGGUUGCUACCAUCAUGCUUUGGGCCGAUAUUGUAUACGGUUUGGUGAAUCGAAUCCCAUCUGAAGCCAGUCUUGGGUUGGAGUUUCUGCAUUGCUGUGAAAGAUGGUGAAGAUCUGCUGCAUCGGUGCCGGCUACGUCGGCGGCCCAACGAUGGCGGUGAUCGCGGUGAAGUGCCCGUCGAUCGAGGUGGCGGUGGUGGACAUCUCUGUUAGCCGGAUCCAAGCUUGGAACAGCGAGGUGCUCCCCAUCUACGAGGCAGGGCUGGAUGAAGUGGUCAAGCAAUGCAGGGGAAAGAACCUCUUCUUCAGCACCGACGUCGAGCGCCACGUGGCCGAAGCCGACAUCGUCUUCGUCUCGGUCAACACGCCGACGAAGACGCGCGGCUUGGGCGCCGGCAAGGCGGCCGACCUCACCUACUGGGAGAGCGCCGCCCGUAUGAUCGCGGACGUCUCGAAAUCCGACAAGAUUGUCGUCGAGAAGUCAACGGUCCCGGUCAAGACGGCCGAGGCCAUCGAGAGGAUCCUUACUCAUAAUAGUAAAGGGAUUAAGUACCAGAUUCUAUCCAACCCGGAGUUCCUGGCUGAGGGGACCGCGAUUCUCGAUUUGUUCAACCCUGACCGCGUCCUCAUCGGAGGUCGGGAGACCUCCGAUGGGAGAAAGGCGGUCGAGACGUUGAAGUCCGUCUACGCGCAUUGGGUCCCGGAGGAUAGGAUCCUCUGCACCAACCUGUGGUCGGCUGAGCUGUCAAAGCUGGCCGCCAACGCAUUCCUGGCGCAGAGGAUCUCCUCUGUUAACGCCAUGUCAGCUCUGUGUGAGGCCACAGGAGCUGACGUGGCGCAAGUGGCCCACGCCGUGGGAACCGACUCGAGGAUCGGGCCCAAGUUCCUGACGGCGAGCGUCGGGUUCGGCGGAUCUUGCUUCCAGAAGGACAUCCUCAACCUGGUCUACAUUUGCGAGUGCAACGGCCUGGUUGAGGUGGCCGGGUACUGGAAGCAAGUGAUCAAGGUGAACGACUACCAAAAGAGCCGGUUCGUGAACCGCGUGGUGUCGUCCAUGUUCAACACGGUGGCAGGAAAGAAGGUGGCGAUCCUCGGGUUCGCGUUCAAGAAGGACACGGGGGACACUAGGGAAACCGCGGCCAUCGACGUGUGCAAAGGGCUAAUAGGAGACAAGGCGCACUUGAGGAUCUACGAUCCUCAAGUGCGCGAGGAGCAGAUCCAGAGGGAUUUGGCGAUGGACAAGUUCGAGUGGGACCACCCGGCCCACUUGCAGCCAGCGGCCGCGGGGGCGGCCAAGCAGGUGAGCGUGGUGGGGGACGCGUACGAGGCGGCCAAGGGGGCGCACGCGGUGUGCGUGUUGACCGAGUGGGGGGAGUUCAAGGGGCUCGACUACAAGCGGAUCUACGAGGGGAUGCAGAAGCCGGCGUUCGUGUUCGACGGAAGGAAUGUGGUGGAUGUGGAGAAGCUGAGGGAGAUAGGGUUUAUAGUGUAUUCCAUUGGAAAGCCUCUGGAUCCAUGGCUCAAGGAUAUGCCUGCUGUGGCUUAACUUGUGGUUAAGUUGUUAUGUUUCUGUAUUUCUUUUUUUUUUUUUCAAGGCUUUUCUGUUUCAUUCCUAAAUGUUGCAUUUGCAGUUUUAUGAAUAUGAAUAAAACUUCUAUUUUUGUUUU